CUUGACAUUUAUUGCUCACAGCUAGGAGUGGGCACAACACGCCGUCCUCAACCAAUCUCUGCUCUGUGUGUGAGUGUGCAGCCGUGGGAAGCUGCUUGAGAGCGAGAGGGAGUGGAUGUCUGGGGCUAAAAGGCCAAAGGGCGGUGAAAGUUACAGUUCCGACACUGGUGGAGAGCGUGCAGGUGUUGAUCGAAGCCGUUGGCUCGAUGCCUUGAUGGUGGCCUUCGACCAAGCUUACGGCGGAAGAAGGCAGUGGUACACGUCGACCACGGAGCGUCAGCUGGCGUCUCUAGGCGAGUGUCGGGCGUGCCGCAAGGCUGCUCUCGCACGGCGUUACCUCUUCCGGCGUUCCACAGUUCUCGGGCGACAGUACCACCUCAAGCGUUCCACGGAUCUCGAGCGACGGUUCCUCUUCAAGCGUUCCAAGGCUCUCGAGUGGCGAUACCUCUUGCGGCGUUCCACGGUUCUUGAGCGAAGGUACAUCCUCAAGCGUUCCACUUCUCUCGACCGGCGGUACCUCUUCCGGCGGUCCACUGUUCUCGAGCGACGGUUCCUCCUCAAGCAUUCCACGGUACUCGACCGGCGGUUCGUCCUCGCGCGUUCCACGGUUCCGGGCGUACGGUGUCAUCUGGGACCAUACCUUGAUCCGGACGGUUACACGGAGCCCGAUCGAUGCGUUGAGCGAAGCCGAGGUUUGGCGCUUUGGGGAUGCCUUCGACGAUGCUGUUGA